AGAAUCUUAUCCCGCAAAAAAAAAAAAGAGUAAGUAAGAAUCUUGGAUCGUUUUCAUGCUGAGCCAUGAACCAUGGAACAAGAUGUGAACGAGUGGCUCGCGGCCCAGGCGGGCGUGGCCACGAACGAGGUCCCUGAUCCCAACGACGCCCACACGUUUUUUAUCCACUUCACCGGAGCAACUCGAUCGGCCAUGUGCAACUGGAUCGCCCGGGUCACGGGGAAGGACCAGCCCAGCCGAAGAUUAACGGCCAAGUGACGGGAAAAAGGACCGGACCGGAUGCAUCCCCUGUCGACGCAACGCCUGGCGCCCGUCCCCAGCGCCAGCGCCAACCACCAACGCGCGCUUCUCCCGCCGUCGCCUCUGCUGCUUCGGCCACGGACCACCAACACCAGGUCCUCGUCGUCCGCCAGAUCGGCACCGCGCGCCAUCUCGCCCGUCACCCCAACCACCGCAGCCACCGACGACCCGGACGCCGGCACGCAUUCAGAUAAGUGGGCGGAGUUCGCGGCGCGGGUGUCGGGCGAGUGGGACGGCUUCGGCGCGGACUUCACGGUGGCCGGCGAGCCGGUGGAGCUGCCGGCGAACGUGGUCCCGGACGCGUACCGCGAGUGGGGGGUGCAGGUGUUGGACUGGCAGACGCAGUGCCCCACGCUGGCCGACCCGGCCGCGCCGGGCGCGCUCCACUACCGCCUCGUCCGCCUCCUCCCCACCGUCGGCUGCGAGGCCGACGCCGCCACCGUGCACACCUCGCACCAGCGCCACGCCUCCUCCGCCACCGCCUUCGCCUACGCCGGCGAGGGGGGCUCCUACGUGGCCACGUGGCCCAAGGGCCCGGCGGCCGUGCUGGAGGUGGAGCACUGCAUCUGCCACCCGGACAACGCCGAGGUGCGGGUCAGGCUGGUGCAGACGGUGGCGCUCGCCAAGGACGCCGCCCGGCUGCGCGGCCUCAAGGUCUUCUCCGAGCAGUGGUACGGCCCGUACCGCAACGGCGACCAGCUCGGCGGCUGCGCGCUCCGCGAGUCCGCCUUCGCCGCCGGGGAGAGGCUCGCCGCGUCGGCAGUGGCGGGGCAGUGGGAGAGCACCUCCAGGUCCUCCGGCGCGCUGGACCCCGUCACGGGCAAGUUGGCGGGGCUGGAGCCGGACCACGAGCCGCGGAGGACGGCGAGGGACGGCGCCGGCGGCGUGACGCUGCUGCCAAAGCAGCUGUGGAGCUCGCUCAAGGUGAGCGGCGACGGCGACGUGGUGUGCGAGGUCGGGUGGCUGCUGGGCCACGGCAGCGCGGUCACGUCGACGUGCGUCCUCUCCAGGGACGGAGACGUCAAGGAGAUAGCUGCCGCCCAGGAGACCCGGGUGUCGGAGGCCACCUGAACUGAGCCAGACAGGACUCCUUCAGGUUUCAUCAGAUAUUUACAUAGAAUGUAUAGAAUGUGAAGAAAAAUAUACUCUACUUACACAUCUAGAAUAGCCAUACUGAUACUGUAAAUCUGUCCUCUACUAAACAAAAUUGUCUCUGCAAAUCAUGAGCUGGUUUGCCUGCC